AUGUCCACUUCUGACGGUAGGUCCUUGGCAAACUGGGACGCGGCGUCUCCGCUCUCCCAAAACGAGCAGAAAAGAAUCCUUGUCGAGAAAUGGAUCGCGCUAGGAAAAUACGGGCGAAACGACUAUGCCCUCGCCACGUUUGCAGACCCAAUCAUUGAUCAUAUCCCCGCGGGGGUACCGCAAGACCUCCUUUCGGAGGAGGAUCGCGCCCUCAGCAGCAUGCUCUCCACCACGCUAUGGAUCCGGACCUGGUUCGGCGAUCCUACAGAUAAGACGAGCCAAGAAGCCGCAGACACGGCGUACUCCCGACUCCGGAAGCAAAUCCUACAGCAGGGCCGCGAGAACUACCACGUUUCCUGCAUCCCCGAGGAGUUCGUCUUCGAGGACCGGGAGGAACUGAGCGCGGAUGCCCAGCGGGGCCGGGAUGUGAUCGGGGGCGUUGCGGCCGGCCGUCCUGGGUCUGUACCGGGAUAUCUGGUUGCGGCGCUGAUGCACUGCCCCGAGCUCUUUGAGGGGAUGUCGGAUGACGAUUGGCGGCAUUUUAUGGGAGAGGAGCGUGCCGAGGAGCUGGCGGAGAGUGAUCGGGCACAGAGUGCGCUGGUUCUUGUUGCAGAUCGGAAGGCCUGUGAGGAAGGCUGGGUGCGUGAGCGGGCUAAGGAGACGGCGCAGAUUGCGGUGAGUUGGCAGGAGGGGCAGCCUUUGUCGGAGAUUGCGGAUGAGGAGGAUGAAGAUGUGGAGUUUUACUUGGGGGGAGGGGAUGGGUGGGAGUAG